AUGUCUGAGUGUGGAAGGAGCUGUAGUCGGAGGGGAAACCUUUACAGACAUCAAAGUCUCCAUUCAGGAGAGAAACCAUAUAAAUGCCUGGAGCGUGGAAAGGGUUUCUGUGGGAAGAGAACAUCAAUCCACUCGGGAGAAAAACAAUACAAAUACCUUGAGUGUGGAAAGAACUUUAUUGUUUGUGGACACCUCUAUCGACAUCAAAGAAUUCACAUGGGGGAAAAACCGCUAAAUAUGCCUGCAGUCACAACGUGUGGAAAGAGCUUCAGUCGGACAGGACACCUUUAUAGGCAUCAAAGGAUUCAUACUGGAGAGAAACCAUACAAAUGUCUGGAGUGUGGAAAGAGCUUCAGUCAGAGGGGAAGCUUUUAUAUACAUCAAAGAAUCUGCUUAGAAGAGAAAACCUAUAAAUGCAUGGAAUGUGGAAAGAGCUUCAGUGGGAGGCCAUAUAAAUGCCUUGAAUGUGGGAAACGCUUCAAUUGUGGAAAGAGCUUCAGUGGGAAGGGAAGUCUUUCUAAGCAUCAAAGAAUCCACACAUGA